UGGUCGACUAUAUAAAUAUUUGCCGCCACGUUUUCACCGCCGGUAAAUAAGCCCGACUACAAGCCCAUUCGAUAUAUCAUUUUGGCGCCAAUUUCCUUGCAAAUUGGGGCCAUUUCUCUCUCUCUCUCUCGUUUAUCACAAACUUCAACCCAUAAACCCUAGUACCAUGUUCGAUUCCAGAAAUUUCACCAGUUAGGGUUUUGCAAUCGAAGUUGAAGAACUUCGAAUUUCCGUCUGUGAUGGACAAACGCCAUGCUAAGCGCCCCAAAAUCAGCAGGGGGGAAGAUGAUUAUUUACCUGGAAAUAUUACUGAGAUUGAACUCCAAAAUUUCAUGACCUUUAAUCAUAUGAAAUGUAAGCCUGGUUCGCGUUUAAACCUAGUAAUUGGUCCUAAUGGUUCCGGGAAAAGUUCGAUUGUUUGUGCUAUUGCACUUGGUCUUGGCGGUGAUCCUCAGAUACUUGGUAGAGCAGGAAGUAUUGGUGCAUAUGUGAAGCGGGGAGAGGAGUUUGGGUACAUCAAGAUCACCUUGAGAGGUGAGGCCGAGGAGAAGCCUAUAUGCAUCACUCGUAAAAUUGAUACGAGUAACAAGUCAGAGUGGCUAUUGAAUGGCAAGAUGACAACAAAGAAAGAUGUUAUUGAGGUUGUUCAAAGAUUCAAUAUCCAAGUUGACAAUUUGACUCAGUUUCUACCACAAGACAAAGUUUGCGAGUUUGCCAAGUUGAGUCCAGUUGAUCUGUUACGUGCUACAGAAAAUGCUGUUGGUGAUCCUCAACUACCAAUGCAACAUGACGCUCUUAUAGAAAAAAGUAGUCAGCUAGGAAGACUCAAAAGAGCUGUUGAUGGGAAUAAAGUGACUUUAAGUCAGCUUAAGGCUCAACAUGCUGAACAAGAAAGAGAUGUUGAACGUGUUCGUCAGAGAGAACAUCUGCUAGCUCAGGUUGAUUUAAUGAAGAAAAAGUUACCUUGGCUGAAGUAUGAUAUGAAGAAGGCUGAAUACUUAGAAGCUAAAGAUAAGGUAGCUGAUGCAAAGAAGAAAUUUGAUGAAGCUGCAAGGAUCUUAGCUGAUCUCAAACAACCCAUUGAAAAGCAGAAGAAAGAACAUUCACUGCAGGUCUCAAAGUGCAAAAAUUUGCAGAAGAGUUUGACUGACAAUGCUGAUAGGCGUAGGCGACUUUUGGAAAAUGAAAAUGAGUGGGGAGUCAGAGUAGCUGGGAAUUACAGAGAAAUUGAAGAGUUGAAGAGACAAAGAGAAUCACGUCACGAGAAUUUAUUGAAAGCUAGAUUGGAUCUAGAAGCUGCUGAACUGGAAUUGGAAAACUUGCCACCUUAUGAACCUCCAAAGGAUGAAUUUGAAAGAUUGGAGGCCAAUAUUGUAGAACUAAGAAGCAAUAGAAGAGAUAUUGAACGACAAAAGUAUGAUAAGGAAAGACUUUUUACUCAAAACAAAAGGACACUGGAAGGAUUGGCUGACAGGUUAAAAGAGAUGGAAAAUAGGAGUUACAAGCUCCUACAUGAGCUGCAAAAAACUGGAGCGGACAAGAUUUUUGAAGCUUACCGUUGGUUGCAAGAAAAUCGUGAUAAGUUAAAAAGAGAGGUUUUUGGACCUGUUCUUCUUGAGGUUACUGUCAAGGAACAAUCUCAUGCUGACUACUUGGGGGGUCAGGUUCCAUUUUACAUAUGGAAGUCCUUUAUCACCCAAGAUCCUGAUGAUCGGGACUUCUUGGUUAAGCAUAUGAAAUCAUUUGAUGUUCCAAUCCUGAACUAUGUUCAGAAUAAUGAACAGAGUAGAGAUUCACCUCGAAUUUCAGAGGAGAUGCGUAAGAUUGGGAUAUGUGCUCGGCUUGAUCAAAUCUUUGAUGCUCCAGCUGCUGUCAGGGAGGUUCUCAUUAGUCAGUCUGGUCUUGAUCAUUCUUAUAUUGGCACAGCGGAAACUGAUCGAAGGGCUGAUGAGGUUGAAAAGUUGGGAAUACUUGAUUUUUGGACUCCAGCUAACCACUAUAGUUGGUCUAGAUCUAGAUAUGGUCAUCAUGUGUCUGCUAGUGUGGUGCCAGUUUCUAGAUUCAAACUUCUAUCAUGCAGUUCAGAUAAUUCAGAAAUUGAUGAUCUAAGGUCUAGAAAAAUUACGCUUGAACGAACGAUCAUUGAAUGUGACGAAAGUGUUAAAGCUCUGCAGUGUGAGCUUAAACAGAUUGAAAAUGCAGAGGCCAAUUAUCACAGACAACGGGAAGCGAUUCAUGAAAGGGUCCAGCUUGAGAGGAAAAAGCGAAAGGAUAUUGAAAAGCGUAUCAACCAGAAGAAACUUAGAUUGUUAUCCAUAGAAAAGGAGGGGGAUGUUGAUGGUCAAAUUGUGAGCCUUAAUGAAAAAACUGAAGAGUUGAAUGUCCAGCGGUUUAAUAAUGCUAUUGAGAUAAAGCAUUUACUUAUGGAUGCUCUUUCACAUAAAUGGAGUUUUGCUGAAGCACGCCUUUCCGCUGUUGAAAUUGAAGGAAAGAUACGAGAGUCUGAAACGGAACAUAAGGAGCAAGAAGCAGUUGCUUUACAAGCGGCCAUGUAUAAGGAUCAAUGUGAAAAAGAAAUGGAACAUCGCAAGGUGUUGCUUUCAAAUGCCAAGAGAGAUGCAGAAUCUGUUGUGAAGAUGACUCAUCAAAUUAAGGAGGCCUUUUGUGAGAUGCCUGCUACAAUUGAGGAUCUUGAGGCUGCUAUUCAAGAUACUUUGGCACAAGCUAGUUCCAUUCUUCUUCUCAAUCAAAAUGUUUUGGCUGAGUAUGAAAUACGAAAGACAAAGAUUGAAGCUCUGGAAAAAACACUUGGAGAAGAGGAAGAUGGAUUGAAAACACUUUUAGCUGAAAUAGAUGCCUUAAAGGCUAGUUGGCUCCCAACAUUGAGGAAUCUUGUUCAACAAAUCAAUGGAACAUUUGGUCAUAAUUUCCAGGAGAUGGCCGUUGCUGGAGAAGUAUCAUUGGAUGAGCAUGACAUGGACUUUGGUGCGUAUGGUAUAGUUAUAAAAGUAAAGUUCAGACAAGCUGGCCAACUUCAAGUCCUUAGCGCCCAUCAUCAAUCCGGAGGGGAGCGUUCAGUUUCAACUAUACUUUACCUUGUUUCUCUACAAGAUCUAACAAAUUGCCCCUUUAGAGUGGUUGAUGAAAUUAAUCAAGGAAUGGAUCCCAUCAAUGAAAGAAAGAUGUUUCAGCAGCUGGUGAGAGCUGCUAGUCAACCAAAUACACCACAGUGUUUUUUGCUGACGCCAAAAUUGCUACCUGACUUGGAAUACAGUGAAGCGUGUAGCAUCCUGAAUAUCAUGAAUGGACCAUGGAUCGAGGAGCCUUCUAAAUUGUGGAGCAAUGGAGAGCGCUGGGGUACGGUCAUAGGACAAUUGAGCAAAGCUCAAUGCUGAAAAUCUGUGUUAAUAUUUAUUGUGAAUAAUCGUACAAUUUUAAAAAUAACUCCUGUAAUGUAGGUUUGAUUUUCCUUUUGUGAAUCAGUUGGUCUUUUUGUUCUUGUAAUUAAGCCUAUCAUAAUUCAUAGGAAAUAUUACAGACAAGAGGCUCACUACUUGUGCAAACUAAUUACUUAGAUCUCGAACGCAGCUAUCUGCCAUGUAAUGAUUGAAUUAAUGCAUUUUUUGGUGCUGAGCAGUAUGUGUUCA